UUAUUGACCUGUAUGGAACUGGAGGAGGACUCCCAGAAUACAGGGCAUGUCUGUUGGCCAACCAUGGCUUUGCUGUGCUGGCUCUGGCUUUCUACAGCUAUGAUGAUCUCCCCAAGGAUAUGAACGAAUUACACCUGGAAUAUUUUGAAGAAGCUGUAAACUAUAUGUUACAACACACCCAGGCAAAAGCAACAACUAUCAAAGAAGCUCUAGCCAAAUGGGAAGAAAAAAAUGGCCAGAAGGCUUCAGAGGCAAAGGAGGUGAAACUGUAUGGUCAGAUUCCUCCUGUAGAGAGGAUGGAUGAAUCUCUCUCCACACUUGUUAACUGCGAGAAACUGUCACUGUCUACGAACUGCAUUGAAAGAAUCGCCAACUUGAACAGCCUAAAAAAUCUGAGGAUUCUGUCUUUGGGAAGAAAUAACAUAAAGAACUUGAAUGGAUUGGAGGCAGUUGCAGAUACUUUAGAGGAGCUGUGGAUCUCCUACAACUUCAUUGAAAAACUGAGGGGUAUCCGUGUAAUGAAGAAGCUGAAGGUUCUUUAUAUGUCAAAUAAUUUGGUGAAAGACUGGGCAGAGUUUGUGAGACUGGCAGAGCUGCCAUUACUAGAGGAUCUGGUGUUUGUAGGCAAUCCACUACAAGAGAAAUACGCCUCUGAUCAGAACAAUUGGAUUGAAGAAGCAACCAAACGGGUACCCACGCUGAAAAAGCUGGAUGGUAUCCUAGUUAUUAAACAAGAAGAAGAUGAAGAAGGAGCAAACUGAUGACACUUUCUUGUUGGGUAUUUAAUUAUUUAAGUAACUCCAGAUAGGUCAGCACAUAGAACUUUUAUAUAAAAUAUUUGUUUUGAAGAAAACUUUGGGCAAUUUUUAAAAGACCAGUUUAUCUCUACAGUCUCUUACCCAAAGAGUUAAUUACCAAAAUUCAGACAUACCAAUUUUGUCAAGCUUAUGACACCUUCUACAGUGACCAGUGGAGUUGAGUUUAUCUGCUGUUUGGCUAACAAGAGAUUUUUACCUAAACUAAUACAUAGCUAUUUUUAAUCCCUGAUUAGUGGUGCUUGUUGUUGAGUCUUGGGUUAUAACAGAACCAUUUUUGCUUGUUUGGUGCAGCUGGCCAACAUUAUCAUUGGAAACACUGAGGCCAAAAGAACAGUGUUGUGGUUUAGAGACACAUUACAGGCUUCGUUGUGUUUAAUUUUACCAUGGGAGUCCCUCAGUAUUUUAAAUAUGCAAGUUUGCCCUUUCAUCCCCUUAACUGUUAUGCCAAACAGGUCCAGUAGUUGUGGACCUAUGCACAAAAAAGGUAUUGGUCUGAUGAUCACCUGCUACUGGUCUUAAGUUUUGAAUUGGGCUUCUCACAUUGGAACUCAGCUGCAUUGCUUAGAAGGCCAUGUGUAACUUAGAUAUUUAUUUAUUUUAAAGAGGCAAUGGGAAUUCUUUGCAUGGUUUCAGUGAGGCUAAAGUAUCUGCUAGCUUUUCUUUUUUUUUUUUGUCUCUUACUAGAAAUUAUUUUGGGUUGAACUAUGUGGCCUAUGAGCCUACAGCUGGUUCCUAGUUUUGGUUUGGGUCACUGGUGGCAUAAUCCUUCUCAGCUCCGGAAUGUUCCUGUAACUAAGUAGGCUGAUACUACUGCAGAAACAAACAGUGAACAAAAGACCUGGGCUUGAGGACAAAAAAUUUUGAUUUGGGGGAUAGUCAUUUCUGUAUGAAAGCACAGAUAUAAGCAGUGAGAGAAAGUGUAUGUAGUUAGUGGGGAAGAUGAGAUGAGAUGGUGUUGUGGUUUGAACUCAGCCAGUAGCAAAUUGCCACAUGGCCAGUUGUUUACUUCUCCCCCAGCUGCCGGUGAAAUAGGGGAAGGACAAAAGAAGAGAUUUGUAGAUUGAAUAAUAAAAAAAAUAUAUAUAUAUAGUAAUACUAACAAAAAACAACAGUAGUCCAAAACAGGUAAAAUGCAGUAGUGGCUCACUGAGCGGUGACUGGUAUAGAGCCUGUCCCCAGCAGCGACCUGACUGCACCAGAGAAUCCCACCCUGCCGAUCUGGAAAA